AUGUUGCGCUCAAGCACGCCCUCAAGGUCCUCAGAAGAGAGCUUCUGUUUCUCUGCCUGGGAGACACCGAGGCUGUCUGUAGCUGAAUCGAUUGGGGGGAAUAACCGCCCUAGACCGGUCUCCAGUCGAACUCUUACAAGCAAGAAAGCCACCAAGAAAAACAAGAAUGCUCUUCAGUAUAGCCCCAGGUCUGCUGGAUCAGCACGUCGACCUCAAAGAUCAGAACAUGUUACCGAGCUCAUCAAAUUCUUCAAAGGCCGCGAGCUUCCCAUAUCGGACCCAUACGACUUUGAUCUUGACAGCCUUGAUCCAAAGGGGCAGCUACGACAACUGAAGCAGCGCCAAAAUGACUAUGGGGGACAAGAUGACUCCCAUGUUCGAAGGAAAAAAUCACCCGUUAAGCUGUUUGCCCCCGAUCUGUGGAGCCGUGCUCCUGCUCGUAUGGACAAACAGAAAAAUGACCGUUUGAACCCUGCCACAAGCAUGGAGAGUCUGCAGUACUCUCCUCGCACCAGAAGCCCUCGGGCCUCACAUGACAGCAACAUUGACCGGCCUAUUGCAACUCCCAAGACAGAGGUGGACGGCGAAUGCGCAUACCCGGGCAUUUCGGUCUUGCCAUCCUCCAGAGAAGGCCCUUCAAACGAUCUUCCGGCUCCAGAGCCCUUCCCAUCACUGGCUACUAUGGGGCAGUUGUAUGACCUGUCUUCAGCAACUCUCACCGGAGAUAUGUAUGCCAACGAAAAGAUGGAAUGGACAGAUACUUCAGUUGGCCGCGAGAUACUAUCCGGGAUAGAUACCGACUCUGGAAUACCGAUACAGCCCAUGCCGGUAUACCCUAACGCGUUGAAGAAAAAUGCUGACUACAAACCUCAGCCUCCAGCCAAACCUGCAGUGCCACAUAAUUGUGCCAAGGGCUCCAUUUAUUGGCCUCAGGAUAAGCCACUCCCUGACACUCCCGAGAACCCCAGCCAGCAGACAAGACAGCAGAUUCAAAUUUACAAGCGAGAUUCUAUCCGGGUCACAAGGUCCACUACCACAAGCUCUGGCUUCGGUAAACGACACUCAAUCUCGACUACCUGUGAGUCGACCUUCAUUGACGUUCAAUGUCUCCCGGAAAGAACGUCAAGCCGAAAGGAGCGAAGGGCGGGACGGACUGAUUUCAGCAGCCUUUGCUGCCGAUUAUCCCGCCCUAUAUCGGAGGAUCAUGCUUUCAACUACCCAGGUAGCCUUGAGAGUUUGGACAAGCCUGCAGUGAUGGACCCAGUUGACAACAGCGAAAACCUAGAUUCAGCAGCGGCCUGGUCCCAAUCGAAAUCCCGAGCAUUGAUCCCUGCUCCAAUCGAUAGCUCCAGAAAGUAUUCCGUUUCCUCGGAGCCGUCACUAACCCCGUCGUCGAACAUCUUCUCAAUCGCUGCACUGUCUGGAUCUGCGAGCAGCAGCACCCUCACCUCCCCUCUCACCUGCCAAACCCCUUCUCUAAAGGUCGAGGAGAGUGACCGGUUUUGCCCUGGAAACUCAGAGCUUGCGUCAUCUACACCAGCACCUACGGUCUGUAACGGUGCAACAUGCGGUCAAUCCAGCUCUGAAGGGUCCUCCAAAUUCUCAACGAAUAAUGUUCCAGAAAUAUGUAUUGAGAAAAAAGGAAGCCUGGAUACGUCACCCAUACUCCCGUCCCAUUUCCCUCCAGUUCCUGUCAGAAAUUCCAGCAGAUUAGAAAGUAUCCACGCCCUACGGAUGAAAGAUGUUGCCGCUGCUCGAGCUGCACUUAAAAUAUCUAAUAAAAGUCUAACUGCGCCGGGAAACACUGAUGUUAGGGGACGGCAGGCCAGUUCGCCAGCAAUCAUCAGUUACCAGCCUACAACAGAUGACAGCUCAAGAAACAGCGAGGAGUCGGUGACUUCUCCCACGAGUUUUACUACACCAGCAUUCCAACCUGCUCUGUCGAAGGAUACGGCGGAAGGGUCUAAUUUUGAUUCUACUGCUAAACCUUCCAUGGGUGGAUUACCUCCAAAGACGAUUAUGCCAGAUGGCUCGGUCUUCACUGACCGAGCUAUGCAAGAACGGUCGUUUAGGCAUAAACACAAUGCAUUUUCUUUGUUAGCCGGUGGAUCUUUACCAAGCAGCCCCCGAAAUUCGCAGUCAUUUCCCACGCCCGCACCUCAAAGACCUUCAUUGAUGAGCCCACGAAGUGUUGCCGGACUACGACAUUUAGAGAGCGUAUCUCGCCCUGUUUCGCCAUCAUUACCCUCGUCAGACGACGAGGGGAUGGGAACCAGAGCCCAUAGCGGUAAAUCAAGGCGGUCUACACGAUCAAAUCAUCGCAGAAACAGACAAAAUCCAACCCUUACAAUCGACAAUACCAAAACCCGUAACUUUUCUCGCGAUGAGCCACUACCGCUCACACCUCCAAGCGCAACUACAACUCGUCCCAACGACCCUGAUUCGCUUCUAUCUCCAUACACUCCCACAGCUUUCAAAUACUUCCCAACCUCGGACUCUUCUCUAUCUAGCCAAUCACACCAACAAAAGUUUCUGCAAGACCGGGUUUUCUACCUCGAACGCCAGAAUAAGAUGCUUCAAUCUGCCUUACUCUCCGCACUUGAAGUCGGUGCUAAAUGUGAUGCUCAACGGGACUACAAGGGCAGCCCCCGCACAUCGACUGCCAACACCUUCCGUGAUGACAUUAUUGACAUGCUCAAUCUAUACCGCAGUUCAUAUGAUGACAGUUGUGGCAUAACUACUGCUUCGGCUUCCGCCACUAGCAGAGAGAUCAGAUGCUCAGGUGCCUUCUCUAAUCCUGGAGAUACUGAAAUUUCCUGCUCAUCUACUACAGCCUCUAGGCUAUCAGUGCAAGGCGGAUUUUUAGCACGCCCGUCUACAUCUCCCAGCACUGCCAAAGAGAGGGCUCAUCGGCGGCUUAUUGAGCCACACAACCGCGUUAGAGAGGCCAUAGCCUUGAGAUAA